CGUGCCGCGAUUGGCUCGCGCUGCCGCGGUGUGUGAGCGCAGCUUUCCCGUCCUCUUCAUCUCUCUUCGCUGUUAUGUAGAAACAAACCGCGGUCACAGCAUGGACCCGCUAAAGACCCCCCGUGUCUGCUUAGAUGUUAUUUUAUUAUUUGUCGUGUUUGGGGCGUGUCAGGGCCGCGACCCGGACUCCGGCUACGUUACAUGUGGGUCUUUAGUCAAGCUGCUGAACACACGGCACAACGUCAGGCUGCAUUCACAUGAUGUCAAAUACGGCUCAGGCAGUGGGCAGCAGUCAGUAACUGGUGUGGAUUCAGCGGACGAUGCGAACAGUUACUGGCGUAUCCGUGGUAAACCAAAUGAAACGUGCCAGCGAGGAGUGCCCAUUAAGUGUGGACAGGCUGUCCGUUUCACUCAUAUGAAAACCGGACGCAACCUCCAUACUCACCACUUCAGCUCUCCCCUGUCCAACAACCAGGAGGUUAGUGCUUUUGGGGAGAACGGUGAGGGGGAUGAUUUAGACGUGUGGACGGUCCAGUGCAGCGGCACAUACUGGGAGCGUGAUGAUGCUGUUCGGUUCAAACACCUCGGCACCAGCGUCUUCCUCAGUAUAACUGGAGAGCAGUACGGCCAUCCAAUCAGAGGCCAGCGAGAGGUCCACGGAAUGCCCUCGCCCAAUCAGCACAACUACUGGAAAGUGAUGGAAGGAGUUUUCAUCCAACCUAGCAACGAACCUCUGCAUCAUGAUGAGCUCUGAUGCUCCAGAGUGCACUGUAUGACCAGCCAAUAAAGACUGUUUCACCAUUUUCUCUCAGCCUGUUAGUUUCUUCAUUUGUACACCUGUCAUGUGAUUGGCCAGUUCAGCUUUAUUGUCAGUUUAUUUUCUGGGUUAUUUCUUAGUUUCUGUGUUCUGUGACUGUUUAUUUUGUUAUUAAACAACACAUAGACCAAAUAAAUUAUACAUUAAAAAAUACUGUGAGUUAGUUUCUCUCUCUUCUUACUUGUUCUGCAUAAGUGGAUUUUAUGUGUUUUUUUUUUUUUGUUUUUUUUUAUUUGUGAAGGAUUUUAGUUGGGAGUUUGGGAUUGCAAAAUAGUGCUGUUUUACUUGUUUUAUUUAUCUUUGGUACUGCAAUGGCAUGACUGGCUGUUUUUAAGGACUAAUGAAGAAUUAUGCUGUAACAGGAUUCAUUUGUCUUUUUUUUUGGUUUACAAAAAUACAGUCAUAAAUUGGCUAUUAAAAGGAUAUGAGGUGUUUAGGUUGCAAUAAAGUUUUGCUACAUUUGUCAA